CAUCGGUAUUGAUCUCAUUAUCCUCGUUAUCGGUGUAGUCGCCUGCCGGCUGCGUCUGCCCGCUUGUGCCUUCUGUCUCACCCGCCGCCCGUCCUUGUUAUCGCCCCGUGGCCGCCACACGCCUGUUACUCUUCAUAGGUGUGUCAAAGGCGCAGCAGGAUCAUCCCUCCCACGCCGUCGCUGCGCAUCGCACGUCGCACAUCGCAACCCAGCAGCGUGCAAAACAGUCACUUUGCAUCUCUCUCUGCAUUCAGCUGCUUGAUUGCUCUCAUCCAAGGCCGCCGUACAGACAUCGCUGCCAUGUCCUCGACCUACCGCUAUCGCCUGCUCAACGGCUCGGCGUGGCGCGACCCCAGCCCCUCGGCCGCGCGCAGGCGCAUCAUCGUGUAUAUCGGCGUCUCAAUGUUCACCCUCGGCCUCGCGGCACACUGGUUCGUUGCGCCAGACGCAGUCAAGAGCCUCUGGGAGUCGACCAGCAGUGGCAGCGGCAACAAGCAUGAGGCGGCCGUACCGAGCGGCCUGGAGGGCGACUACCCCGACGCAUGGGACAACGGUGCCCCGCCACCUCAUCUAUCUACGGACCGCGUCCCCUCGACCCCCACUACCACCACAACGGCCGUAGUGCCCCAGGGCGACUACCCCGACAGCUUUGACGCGCCUGCGCCACACCCGCACCCCGUCGAGCACGAGCACGAGCACGAGCACACUGUCCAUGUCGAGCACACGACGACUAUCGAGGUCGACGAGCCAGAGCCGACCCACGAAUCCGAGCCCGAGCCGGAACCGGAGCCCGAGCCAGAGCCAGAGCCAACACCUGCAGAGGAGCACCACGACUGGCCGGCGCCGCACCAUACCAUCGCGGCGGAAGACCAGCGCCCAGAGGCGAACAACAAUAAGGAGUACCAUAAGAUCACCGACCUCGGCGAGACCGCAGACGCGCGAUACCAGAUCAGCUUCAACUCUGUCGAGUCUGGUGCUGAGAAGUUCUUCACGCGGCUGUACCAGUUUGCGCUGCGCCUCCCACACUCGCUCCAGCCUGCGCUCCUCGCGUCCCUGCAUGUGCACCUGCCACCCUCGCACGCCGACCUGUUCCCAGGCCCCGCCUCCCCGCCGCCAGCUGCGAACCCAGCAAUGGUGGCGUACAAGAACAUCUUCCAGACGGACUUCAAGGAGCCGGGCGAGCUCACGCACAAGUGGCGCGACAUGAACGCCGCUGACGGGUGGACGCUCGACUGGUACGAUGACGCGCGCUCCGAGGCGUGGGUGCGCGAGACAUUCGAGCCCGCCGAGGACAUUGAGAAGGGCGGCGUCUGGUGGGCGUACGACUACUUCAAGCGUGGCGUACUCAAGGCAGAUCUCCUGCGCUACCUCCUGCCCUUGGUCAAGGGCGGCGUGUAUGCGGAUGUUGACACCAAACCCAUUCGCCGGAUCGAAGAAUGGGGCCACCUCGACGUCGACGUGCUGGAUCUCGAGGAGACCGACGGGCCAGACUGGCACGACAAGCUGUCGACCAACGCGGCAAUUAUGGUCGGCUUCGAGACAGACGUGCACGAGAAGGAGGGCUGGUUCAACUACUGGCCGCGGCCGGUCGGCGUGUGCCAGUGGGCGCUGGCGAGCGCGCCCAACCACCCGAUCAUGCUCGAGGUUGUCCGGCGCGUGGUGAACGGGACGCACUUUGUCGCGAGCCAGGAGGGGCAGGACGUGCGCGAGCGGGACGCCGACCACGCCAAGCGCCAGACCCAGGCGCUCUCCGUCAUCGAGUGGACCGGCCCCGGCGCCUUCAGCGACGCAGUCUUCUCGUACCUCCUCGCGCGGUACAAUGUGUCCUGGCACCACGUGCGCGGGCUCCACCGCCCGCUGCGCGUGGGCGACGUCCUCAUCCUGCCCAUCACGGCGUUCGCGUCCGGCGGCGAGGGCGACUUUGACGACGAGGGCGCAGACUCGCCCCAGGCGCUGCUGCAGCACUUCUUGCGCGGCGGCUGGAAGGGCGACGGACAGUAAGGCCGGAGAAUAGAGCUAGAUCAGUUGUAAAGAUGUAUUGCUGCUGCUGCUGCUUGGACUCGGAAACGAGCGCUCGGCCCGAAGACCCGACGAUGAGAUCGAUACACAA